AUGAGACGAGUACUUUUCAUAUCUCUAUUAUCAAUCGUUGCGCUGGCCGACAAUGAGCAAUUCGAAUUUGAUCAACCUGCAGAUUGUGGCUCAUCUGGAAACAAUUGGAAGCCUUGCAUAGAACGUAAAUUGGCCGAUCAAGUUUUUGCGACUUGCUGUGAACGAUUUGUGCCCCCAGAGUGCAGAGGAGCGUGUGUCUAUGAGACAAAUGCUAUUGAAGCGCGUGUUGUGUUGAUGCACACGAUUCAACCAUCAAGAUGCCGACUCUACAAGUAUCUCCCAUCCAUUGUGCAUUGUGCGGCUCAAACACAUGAUAACUCUGAAUGCUGUCGAGCGAAGGGAAUUCACACACUUGGAGAGCAAUGCAUGCAACUUUGCGUUCCGCAGAAAAAUCCGCGUGCCCUUUGGGGAAUGAAGAGUUUACGGAAAGAUUUGGUGACAUGUCUCGCGAAAUGGGAUCAAGUUUUGCAAUGUCACCAGAGCGGUCUCCGAGCUCGCAAAGUGCCUCGACCCACCUCA